CAUUUGCAGCCAUCCGGUCUCAUGAAGAGUUUUUAAGAAUUUAUUAACACCAAUUUAUUCCCCACGCAGUGGAAAGUGUCACAUCAAUCCGUCCAGCGCAGAAGACACACGGCACCUCAUCCACGCCCGUAGAUAUCCGCAAACGACAAGAAAAACGCACCAAAGAUAGGAAUAAUAUAAAUUAAAAAACGUUUUUUUUCACGAUUUAAUAUUACAAGACGCUCGUGACGUGAGGACGAAUAUCUCAACCCUGUGACUGUGUUAUUCAUUAUUCACGUAGUUCCUCUCAACACACGGCCAAGAAAUUCCGUCUCUGGAGGAGAUGAGUUCUGAAACCCCAGAGAAGAACCCACCCACCCGCCCAGCCCCACCAACGACACUCAGGAUGAAUACAGAGGCAGCCACGCAGGAGGAAGAGUUCGUGAAAACGUACAGAGAGGCCUACAAAUACAUCGACCAUGGGAUCACUCUGGCCACUCAGAACAUGCACACUCAGGCCGGAUCAGUAUUACAGAAAGGCCUGGCACUCAUAGACAAAGCACUCACCAUCAAGAUUGAAAACUUCGACUGUAGCGGAGAAAAGAUCCAACAUUAUGCCGAGAUGCAAAACAAAAUGCGCUGUACCAGAAAAGAAGUCUUAAACCACUUCACGGACACUCAGGCAGCUAUCAACCCAAGCGCAGGUGCUGCAGCUCCUGGUGUGGAAGAUGCUCCCCCUUCAUACGAGGACUACCUCAGGUCCCUUGACUCUG